AUGAUUGGAACCUGGUGUACACCGGAACUUCAAACGGCUGUACAGCAAGGGUACACAAUCCUUCAAAUCUACGAAGUGUACCAUUGGUCUGACACGACCAAAUACAAUCCCUCUACACAAGAGGGGGGUCUGUUUGCCAAGUACAUCAACACCUUUCUCAAGUUCAAACAGGAGGCAAGCGGCCCUCCCGACUGGAUCAAAACUGAGGAGGAUGUCCUCAAAUAUAUCAAUGACUACUUUCAAAAGGAAGGCGUCUCGCUACAGAGUGAUAUGAUCCUUAAAAAUCCCGGAUUGAGGGCGUUGGCCAAGUUGUGCCUCAAUAGUUUCUGGGGUAAAUUCGGACAACGUCUUAACAUGCGACAAACACAGUUUUUCCACACAACGGAAGCUGACCAAUUCUUUAAGAUUUUUACUGAUGUCAUGAAACAACCGCAAAACUUUCACAUAGCCUCUGAGGACACACUUCAAAUGGAAUGGACGUACAAGAAUGACUGUCUACCUGUGGAUAACAAAACCAACGUAUACCUGGCCACAUUUACUACCUGUUGGGCCAGACUUAAACUCUACAGUGUGUUAAAGACAUUGGAUAGAAUAAUAUUGUACUGGGAUACUGAUUCGUGUAUCUUCACUAGUAUUCCCGGACAAUGGGAACCACAACUAGGAGACUACCUUGGAGAGCUCACGAACGAAUUAGGCGAAGGAGAACACAUUGUCGAGUUUGUGUCUGCAGGUCCAAAAAACUACGCAUAUAAAACGAACAAAAACAAAGAAACCUGCAAAGUGAGAGGUUUCACUUUACAUUAUACAAACAGUCAAAUGAUCAACUUUGAUAGUGUGAAACAGCUAGUUACAUGCCCAGAAGCGCUAUCAGCAGUAACGGUAGUUACUCCGAGAAAGAUAUGUAGGGACAAAAGAAAACGAAAGCUCUACAAUAGAAAAGAAGAAAAAACAUACCAAAUGGUAUACACGAAGCGUAGAAGAAUAGACAACUUUGAUACGGUACCUUAUGGUUACUGA